GCCCCUCAGCAGCCGCAGGAGCUCUUCUGUGGGGACGCGGACUCCAGCUGGGCUCCCCGGACGCAGGACGCACACCUUCAAUAACGCAUUUCUGCGCUUUUCUCUCGGUUUUACAGCUACUCCUUCUUUAUUUAGCUCAUCUGAGGGGAACUUUUCCAGGAGCGACUGGAUUUUCAUUGAGAAACUUUCCCUAAUGGUUUUCUAAUAUGGAGUCAAGUUGUGGCUUCUGUCGGGGAAACGUCGCUGCGCUGCAGCUGCUGCUGCUGCUGCUGCUCGGAGGAGUGGCAGGCCUGUACUUCCCUCAGAAGGAGUACAUGGAGACAGUGUAUGUUGGCCAGCCAGCCGGGACGUUGGUCCUUCAGGUCCACGCCAUGCUGGACAAUGACUCCGAGCAGCCUCAUUUCACCCUGUGUGGUAGAAAGCAGCGCUACAGCUCCUGGUUCUACAUGAAUGGGAAUACUGGAGAAUUAUUCCUAGACAAAACACUGGAGGACACAGACCUUGCCUCACUUGAUCAUAAUUCCUGGUUGGAGAAGAAGCUGACAUUCCAGGUCAUGGUUUUGAAUGGAUUUACCAAGAGGUCCCAAUGCAUCCCCAGUAAAGCAGCUAAAAUCACCCUGGACUUUGUCAACGCCUCAGUGCCACAGUGUUCUCAGAUGGAUAUGAAGGACCUUUGCUUCCCACCCAGGGAUGCAUCCAGCCCCCACAUUAUGGAAAAUAGGUUCCCGGGAACCUUCAGGCAGCUCCGACGACUCACCAGACUCGGUGUCUGCCCGAACUACACCAUCUCUUACAGUGUUGAAUCAGAAAUCUCAGCACCAUUUGCUGUAGACGGGAACACCACAGAGCUGGUAGUGACCGCUCCGUUGGACCGGGAGGAAGUUGAGUGCUACCGACUCCUAAUAGUUUGCACAGUUCGAAGAGAAACUGUCAUCACCAAAGUGAAAACGUCGCUGGAUGUUUUUGUUGAUGACGAGGAUGAUAACGCACCCUACGUGAAUGGAACUGGUUCCACAGAUGUCAUCAUCAGCUUCAAUCGGACAAAGGGUGCAACUUUUGGCGCCUUGUUUGUGUUUGACAGGGAUUUAACCACCAUCUUUCCCAAAGACCAGAGUCACAACAGGUAUGUGGAGACUUUGCUCAACAAUGACACCUGGGUAAAGGAAACGUUUGACAUAAAGAGCACCUUUAACGAAAGAAAAUCUCCCUAUGGUGGUGUUCGAGAGUCUGUUCGUGACUAUCAGCUAGUUUUAAAAAAGAACCUGUGUGUGACGGAGAACCGGAGCGUGUACCUGGACUACCAGGUCAAUGAUGCCACCUAUCCUGGUCUAGACGGAACAGUGUUGCUGCGCUUCAAUGUCACCAUCUUACCGGUCAUCAUCCACUUCACCAACAUUACUCACAAGUUCACUGUGUCACGCAGGGCUUCAGUUUAUGCAAAGGUUGGCAGCAUCUGUGUGGAGAACUGCCUGCAGUUUGAUGGCUUCAGUGUGACGUACCAGCUGGAGGUGCCGGAUAGAAACACGUCAGCCGACCCGCUGUCCUGCUAUUCUGCUAUAAGCAUCACUCAGGCUCCAGACGGAAAGUGGGGAAUGCUUUACGUGAACAACACCGAGGCGCUACGCAGCCCCAGCUGCCAGGACCUGCUGUACAUUGUUGUAGCCCAGGAGGGGCUCACACAGCAAGAGGCCAGCACUCAGAUCCAAAUCACGCUAGAUGGAAGCAUGGAAGAGCUGCAGAGCCAGUCGUUGUUGUCUUGUGCAGAAAACAGACAACAAAAAGAGUGUGAGUCUGCCCGAGGCCUAGGAACAACGAUGGGGACCUGUCAGUGGAGGCAAGGCAUUGAUAAAGGAAUAUCUGAAAAUUAUUCGACGUGCUCCCCCGAUUUGAAAACUUGUCCAGACAGCUUUUGCGAUGCAGUGGAAAGCAAAGAUUCAUCAAUAUGUCCGCAGGACUGCACAACGGGCGAUGUAAUUGGAGGCUUUGAACGAGGCACGAGUGGGAUUGGCAUCAAAGCCUGCCAUGGAACCUGCUACUGCUUGUCCAGAAAUUGCUUUUGUGAAAAAGAAGAUUUUGAGGAGGUGGUGAUAUGUGACGAGAUGUGUAAGACCAUCUUCGCCAGCUCCCUGCUCCUCUGCUUCGUGGUUUUCAUCAUCCUGUCCUCAUACCUAAUCCGGCUGUACAACAAGAGCUCGCCCAAGCCCCCGAUCGCAUCGGCUGAAAUGACUUUCCGUCGACCGGCUCAGGUCUAUCCGAUCAGCUUUCCAGGCAACAACGUUCGCCGAGGCUCACAGGAAUCUAUUGAGACGGACACCUUUAAAAUACCUGAGGAUCCAAAAUGGGAGUUUCCACGUAAAAACCUUGUCCUUGGCAAGACUUUAGGAGAAGGAGAGUUUGGGAAAGUCGUCAAAGCAACAGCGUUCCGACUGAAAGGAAAAGCCGGUUACACCACAGUGGCUGUGAAAAUGCUUAAAGAAAAUGCUUCUCACAGCGAACUGCGCGACCUUCUGUCUGAAUUCACUCUGCUGAAACAAGUCAACCACCCACACGUCAUAAAGAUGUAUGGAGCAUGCAGCCAGGAUGGUCCAUUAUAUCUCAUCGUUGAGUACGCCAAGUAUGGGUCUCUUCGUAAUUUCCUGCGUGAGAGCCGGAAAGUUGGCCCGAGCUACAUGGGCCGGGAUGCAAACCGAAACUCCAGCUACCUGGAGAACCCAGAUGACAGAGCUCUCACCAUGGGAGACCUGAUUUCCUUUGCUUGGCAGAUAUCCAGAGGCAUGCAGUAUCUGGCUGAAAUGAAGCUUGUACACAGAGACCUUGCAGCUCGAAACGUCCUCGUAGCUGAAGGACGAAAGAUGAAAAUCUCUGACUUUGGUCUUUCAAGAGAUGUUUAUGAAGAGGAUUCAUAUGUUAAGAGAAGCAAGGGCCGGAUCCCUGUUAAAUGGAUGGCAAUCGAGUCCUUGUUUGACCACAUUUAUACGACACAAAGUGACGUCUGGUCCUUUGGUGUUCUGCUGUGGGAGAUAGUAACCCUGGGAGGAAAUCCAUACCCUGGAAUAGCUCCUGAGCGCCUGUUUAACCUCCUUAAGACUGGUUACAGGAUGGAGCGGCCGGAGAACUGCUCAGAAGAAAUGUACAACCUCAUGCUCCGAUGCUGGAAACAAGAAUCAGACAAGAGACCAACGUUCUCAGACAUCAGCAAAGAACUGGAAAGGAUGAUGGUGAAAAGUCGGGAUUAUUUGGACCUGGCGGCGUCCACUCCAGCGGACGCCCUGCUGUAUGACGACGCCCUCUCCGAAGAGGACACCCCUCUAGUGGACUGUAAUAACACCCCUCUCCCUCGAACCCUCCCCUCCACAUGGAUUGAAAACAAGCUCUAUGGCAUGUCAUACCCGAACUGGCCUGAGAAGAGUCCGGUACCCCUCCACAGACACGAUGCCACUAAUCCAGUCUUUACAAGAUAUGCCAAUGAUAGUGUUUAUGCAAACUGGAUGGCUUUGCCCUCACCUGCAAAAACUGUGGACAAUCUCGAUAGCUAAAGGCAAAUCAACACUAGAAAAGCGACUUAACUGGUAGAUGUAUUUCUAGACGCCUGUACAUAAUCUGAUGGUGAAGUUGGUUCCCCUUUUAUUUCUGUUGCACGGGUGCUUUUUAAAACAGGCUUCUUUUAGCUGCAGAAUCAUCUGGAUGAACGUGGGCCAAGCUUCUUUUAGAUGUUAAUUAUUACCCUUAGGUCAUGUUGGCUGAACUGUAUCACUGCAUGACUAUUGUACCAGAUUGUAUGUCAGUGUCAAUGUCUUGAAAGUGCCUGUGCUGCUUCUACAAAGCCUCCAACUGACCGUGUGUGUGUGUGUGGCGUUGAAAAUCCGUGUCCCAGCCCAGGAAUCCAAGGGGACGUCUGUACCAUCGGUAGUGGGAGUGAGAAGCACUGAGCUGGGUCUGAGGACCUGAAGUCUCUACCUUACAGGAUUGUUCUCCUCAAAAACCUCCAAGACCUGCUUUUUUGUCAAUCUUCCGCUACAUGUUUAAAAGCUGCCAAAGAAAAGAAAUAUUUGAUGAACUCUUCCUUUUUUUUCCCCGAUUUUAAUAAUAUCAUCUUGUUAUUCCACUGGGAGGGUGUGAUACCUCCGCUGUCGGACUACAGUUCAUGUUUCCAUAAGCUGUAAAGAUCAUGUACACCAAUGAGUGGUAUUGCUGUUAUGUUAUUUGAUUUUUGUUAUUAAUAAAAAUGAAAAAGA